ACCGCCGUGAGUUGAAUCAAAUCAGCAGAAGCAGAAGCAGAAAAGAUGAUGAGGGACGUAUCGAGCUGCAACACGUACGAUUACGGAGACGCCAAUUACUGGGACGCCCGUUACGUCCAAGAAGGCGACUCCUUAUUCGACUGGUACCAACGCUACUCUGCUCUCCGCCCUUUUAUCCGCAACUUCAUCCCCGACACCUCCUCCCCUGUUCUCGUCGUCGGCUGCGGCAAUGCCGUGAUGUCCGAGGACAUGGCCAAGGAUGGAUAUCAAGACAUUAUGAACAUUGACAUCUCUUCUGUGGCUAUCAACCUCAUGAAAACCCGAAACCAGCACAUUCCUCAGUUGAAAUACAAGCAAAUGGAUGUGAGGGAUAUGAGCUUCUUCCCAGAUGAGUCCUUCGACGGUAUCGUUGAUAAAGGAACCCUUGAUUCAUUGAUGUGUGGCAAUGAUGCUCCGAUUAGUGCUGCCCAAAUGCUAGGGGAAGUGAAUAGGCUUCUCAAACCUGGAGGGGUCUAUAUUUUGAUAACUUAUGGUGACCCUAAAGUUAGAAUGCCUCAUUUGAGUCGGCCGGUGUACGAUUGGAACACCGUUCUGUAUAUCCAACCCAGACCUGGAUUCCAGAGGCCUGAAGGCUGCAGUUCCUCAAAAAAGUCAUAUUUGGAACCUGUUCCUGUCACUCAAAAUGGAUCCCUUCCAGCUGAAUUUGUGAUGGAAGAUCCAUAUUCCCACUUCAUAUACGUGUGUAAAAAGAAGGAUGCCACGGAAUUACUUGCAUUAUAUAGAUUGAGACUUGAUGAUUUGUAGUGAUCACUUCGAGUCUGAUGGUGCUCGUGCUUAGGAUACUAGCUUCAACAGGCAUCGUUGCCGUUUAUGUGUUUGCUACAACAGGCAUCGUUGCCGUUUAUGUGUUUGCUACCAAGGCUAUUAUCAUCCUUGGGUGUCUGUAACAUAGAAAUGAUUCUAUGUAAUGAGUCUGCCAGCAUUCAAGCAUGCAAGUCCAGAAAAACAAAUAAAAGGAACAGUAAUUCAGAGACCCUAUACGAACAUUAUUUUGCCGUUCGCUGAAUAAGCUCUUCUUGAGUACAUUACUUGAAUAACUCUCAUGUUUGUAGCAGUGCAAUUCAUCGACUGCAAUCUGUAGGUCGAUAAGAAUUUUGUAUUGCUGAGCCGCAAGUACAACCAUUAUUUAUCCGUGACUUCUCACAUACAGAUGGGAGACCGUCAUAUACUAUAUACUAAUUUCCAGUUGGGGAAAGUACUUUUCAUUGCUACAGUACCUGAUC